AUGUCAGUCACGGCCAGCAUGGAGUCCGGGCCCUCCAUCGGGGUCACUGCAGGGCCUGCCAGUGACCUUGGCGAGAUCCACAACUGGACUGACCUGCUCUACUUCUUCAACCACACUCUGCCCGAGUGCCACGUGGAGCUCAGCGAGAGCACCAAGCGAGUGGCCCUCUUUGUCCUCUACCUGGCCAUCUUCGUGGUCGGGCUGGUGGAGAACCUCCUGGUGAUCUGUGUCAACUGGCGCUGCUCGGGCCGGGCGGGGCUGCUGAGCCUCUACGUCCUCAACAUGGCCAUAGCGGACCUGGGCAUCGUCCUGUCCCUGCCCGUGUGGAUGCUGGAGGUCAUGCUGGACUACACCUGGCUCUGGGGCAGCUUCUCCUGCCGCUUCACCCACUACUUCUACUUUGCCAACAUGUACAGCAGCAUCUUCUUCCUGGUGUGCCUCAGCAUCGACCGCUACGUCACCCUCACCGGCGCCUCUCCCGCCUGGCAGCGCCACCAGCACCGAGUGCGCCGGGCGGUGUGCGCGGGCGUCUGGGUGCUCUCGGCCAUCAUUCCGCUGCCCGAGGUGGUCCACAUGGAGCUGGUGGAGAGCUCCGAGCCCAUGUGCGUCUUCAUGGCACCUUUUGAAAACUACAGCACCUGGGCCCUGGCGGUGACCCUGUCCACCACCGUCCUGGGCUUCCUGCUGCCCUUCCCUCUCAUCACAGUCUUCAAUGUGCUGACGGCCUGGCGGCUUAAACGGGCAGGACGGCCUGAGAGCCGGCGCCACUGCCUGCUGGUGUGCGCCUACAUAGCCGUCUUUGCUGUCUGCUGGCUGCCCUACCAUGUGAGCCUGCUGCUGCUCUCACUGACACCCGACAUCUACCUCCACUGCUACCUGGCCCACCUGCUCUUCUUCUUCUAUGACAUCAUCGACUGCUUCUCCAUGCUCCACUGCGUCGUCAACCCCAUCCUUUAUAACUUCCUCAGCCCCGGCUUCCGGGGCCGGCUGCUGAGUGCUGUGGUCCAUUACCUUCCCAAGGCCCAGCCCAGGGCGGGCAGACGUGCCUCGUCUUCCUCCUCCUCCACGCAGCAUUCCAUCAUCAUCACCAUGGAGGGCACCGAGCCCACUGCAGCGGGCCCCCACCACCCCGGCCUGCACUUCCAGGCACCAGAUACCUCACCCACCUCCGCUCCUCAGUCUCUUACAGACCGCUGA